UUGAAUUAGAAUCUCGGGUUUUUAGCUACUUAUUGAACAGUUAUGUUAGAGCCAAUCGAAUCAAAUAUGCGAUUGAUUGCUUUGAUAGAAUGAUAGAGCUUGAGUUGUAUCCUUGUGUUACGUGUAUGAAUAUUCUUUUAGUAGAAUUGGUUAGGAGAAAAAUGAUUGUGAAUGCACGGGAGUUGUAUGAUAAAAUGGUUUUGAGAGGAAUGGGAGUUGAUCGUGCCACUCUGCGUGUGAUGAUGCAUGCUUGCUUGAAAGAGGGGCAACCAAAUAAGGCAGAGGAGUACUUUAGAGAGGCGAGGGCAAGAGGGAUAGAACUUGAUGCAGCAUCCCAUGGUGUUGCUAUUCAGGCUGUUUGUAGCAAACCCAAUUUACGUUUGGCUCUGGAAUUGUUGAAGGAAAUGAGAGAAAUGGGGUGGGUUCCUUCCGUGGGUACGUUUACUAGCGUUAUCAAGGCUUGUGUGAAGCAAGGGAAUAUGGUUGAAGCCCUAAGGAUUAAGGAUGAAAUGGUCAGUUGUGGGAACUCAAUUAAUUUGGUUGUUGCAACAAGCUUAAUGAAGGGUUAUUGUGUGCAAGGGAAUUUGGAGAGUGCUUUGGAUUUGUUCAAUAUAAUUAUAGAGGAUGGACUUAGUCCAAAGAAGGUUAUGUAUGCAGUUCUUAUAGAAUACUGCUGUCAUAAUGGGAAUAUGGAAAAGGCUUAUGAGCUUUACGUCCAGAUGAAAAACAUGGAUAUUUUGCCUGAUGUCUUCAUUGUAAAUAAUUUGGUACGUGGAUUUUUGAAAUAUCGGUCACUGGAAGAUGCGUGUAAGUUGUUUGAUGAGGCAGUUGAGUGUAGCGUUGCUAAUGUUUUUUUGUAUAAUAAUAUCUUAUCAUGGCUUUGUGGGGAAGGUAAAGUAAGUGAAGCUUGUAGUUUAUGGGAUAAGAUGGUGUAUAACGGUGUGGUACCUAAUCUAGUAUCCUACAACAGCAUGAUACAUGGCUAUUGCAGAAUAGGGAAUAUGGAGCGUGCACACAAUGUAUUUUUGGAGUUGCUUGAAAGAGGUUUGAAACCUAAUGUUUUCACUUAUUCUAUUUUGAUAAAGGGCUAUUUCAGGAAAGGUGAUAUAAAGCGUGCCCUAGAUGUCUUUAACGAUAUGGUGGCUGCAAAGAUAACCCCCACAGAAUUCACAGUUAACAUUGUCAUUGAUGGCUUGUGCAAAGCUGGUUGUACAUCUGAGGCAAGUGAUAGGCUAAAUAAAAUUGUUGAGAGGGGUUUCGUUCCUGGAUGUAUGAGUUACAAUAAUAUUAUAGAUGGGUUUAUCAAGGAGGGUGCCAUGAAUUCUGCACUGGCUCUAUAUAGAGAAAUGUGUGAAGGUGGAGUCUCUCCAAAUGUUGUCACUUACACCAGCUUUGUUAAUGGGUUUUGCAAAAGCAAUCAAAUUGAUCUUGCUUUGCAAAUGUGGAAUGAUAUGAAAAAGAAGGGUAUUAAAUUGGAUGUUACUGCAUAUUGUGCCCUCAUUGAUGGGUUUUGCAAAAGGCGAGACAUGGGAACUGCCCGUAAACUUUUCUCAGAACUCCUUGAAGUUGGUUUAUCUCCAAGUACAGCUGUUUACAGUAGCAUGAUUUGGGGCUUCCAGAAUUUAAAUAACAUGGAAGCGGCUCUUGACUUGCACAAGAAGAUGAUAAGUGAAGGUAUUCCCUGUGAUUUGAAAGCAUACACUACCCUAAUCGAUGGCUUGCUAAAAAGGGGUGAGUUACAAGUUGCAACAGAUCUCUACUCAGAGAUGCUUCAGAAGAAAAUUGUACCUGAUGUCAAGACAUAUACAGUUCUGAUAAAUGGCCUUUGUAACAAAGGACAACUAGAGAAUGCACGCAAGAUCUUGGAAGACAUGAAUAAGAGGAGUAUGACUCCUAGUGUUCAUAUUUAUAGUACUUUGAUUGCUGGGAACUUCAAGGAGGGGAAUUUGCAAGAGGCUUUUAGGUUGCAUGAUGAGAUGCUUGACAGAGGCCUUGUACCUGAUGACAUUACUUAUGAUAUUCUUGUAAACGGAAAGUUUGAAGGAGCAAAUGCUCUUGUUGGAACUUCAUGUGCCUAGAUAUUUUUGGUUAUUGUUUCAACUUGCUUCAGGCCUGCCUUUGUUUCUCAGCAUGUCCCUUUUCAAGCACAGGGUGGUGAAUUCAAAUUUAUGCUUCAGAUUCAGAUGUGAGGUGAGUUCUGAGGCGUUAGUGCAUGCACUAUGGUUUGGACAUAUGGGAGAUAACA